GUGAGUGAGUGAGUGAGUGAGUGAGUGAGUGAGUGAGAGUGAGCCAGGCCUACUCUGGGCACUGAGCCUCUCCGGUAACUGUUGGUGAAGUCAGGGGACUGAUGUCAGCCCGUCGAGGCCUGAAGCCUGAGGGAGUGUGGCCGGCCCUGGAGGAGAAUUUCCUGGCCUUCCCGCUGGGCCGGCGUGAUGCCUACACCCCAAGGCCCGGCCCCGGAUGGGAGCAGGAGGAGGAGGCCGAGAGGCUGAAGGAGGCGCUGAGGAGGAGAGGGCAGGAGUUGUUCCUGAUCGUGGAGUUGGCCAGGGCCCUGGCGGAGAAGGCCGGGCAGCUGGGCCGCCGCAUGGAGCCGCCCGAGUGGGAGACGGAGGGACUGCCGAGAGAGGAGAGGGAGCUGAGUCGGAGGGGCGAGGGGCAGUCGAGGAUGAAGGAGCCUCGAGUUCACACGCUGGAAUCCGAGCUACGGGGAGAGAGCAGGGGGGACAGGCCUGCGGAGAGAGGGAGGCCUGGAGAGGAAAGGCCGGACCAGGCACAAAUUUCCGGAAUUCAGGAGAGCAGAUAUUUCCAGAAAUUUCCAGAACGUUCCCGGAGGGAGCUGGAGACUCCUGAGAGACCGGGGAGUGGACAACAGGGUCGAGUACAGGUGGGAGACAGCGCAGAGUUUGAGGAACUGCAGGAGCCGAUCCAGGACAGUGAUCCGCUCCGAGUCUUACAGCAGGCCAUCCACUCCCGGGACGAAGCGAUCCGCAAGUGAGACCAACUCCGGGUUUUCACUUCUCUCUCUCCCCCACCAUUUUCCCCCCUCUUUUCCCCCUCUCCCUCCCUCCACUCUCU